AUGACGGCGGGUCGUUUGGGCGGAAUGGAGAUGGACGAACGAUUCAUUUUCACUAUGGCCACCUGCCUGUUAAUCGCCCUACUAGCCGUAGCGAUCUCCCUGGUCUACUGCUGUGUGCGAAGGACGACCCAUUUGCAAGAACGGGCCCUCGUCGAUUUUGCUGAGUUUGAUGACGAGGACGACGACGACAUACCAAAAAGAGUGGACAGAAAGGACCUCCCGUUAAACAUUUAG